AAUAAUUAAACGUGAGGGGGAUGAGAGAAGAAUGGGUUUUGUUAUGAGAGAAUGGAGCGCACGUUCAAGUAGUAGUGGUCCUCCAUCUUCUAAUUGUUCUGUGGAAAAAAUGCCGUGUCUGCCAUCUAUAUCUCUCCAUGCACAAUUUGAGGGCUUCAUCGGGUCUUUUGCGCACAAAGAGAGAGAGAGAGAGAGAGAGAGAGAGAGAGAGAGAGAGAUGAGGAUGGGGAGGGCGACGGCGGUGCUGGUGAUUGCGGCAGCGCUUGCGGUGAUGAUGGGAGGUGCCGAUUUAGUUCAGGCAUGGGAGGACGCUAAGGUGAUUCACGUUGGCGGAAGAGUUCUGUGCCAGGAUUGCACCAAGGGCUACGACGAAUGGGUCAAGGGUGGAAGUCCUAUUAAAGGAGCCAAGGUCUCGCUCACUUGCAUGGAUCAAAGGCACAGGGUGAUAUUCUACGGAAGCGACGACACCGAUGGAACCGGGCAAUUCAACAUGAUCGUCGACAAAUACAUCAACGGAAAGCAACUCAACGAGAAACUGUGCUCGGUGAGGCUUGUCUCGUCCCCGGACCCGACGUGCAACGUCCCCACCGACUUCGCCGGCGGAUGCCGUGGGGUCAAGCUUCAGCGCCCACGCUCGGUGUACCGCGAAGUGAUUAAGUAUGCCGUCGGGCCGCUGUACUACACAUCUCCCAUGUGCGAGGAACCUGAAACUGAAUAAGAAUGUUGCCCAUGUUUCUUGCGCCUGCUGUUCCAUGUCUUGUAACGUCCGAACAAGUGCUACUGUUAUUUUUUGGUUCA